CACAUUUCAAACUUGCUCGAGCACGUUCGCGGCUGCUCCUAGUGUGCAGCUGGUCUGGACCGAGUUCAACGUGCAUCGCCCUCGCCGAUAUUAAUCUUCGCACAAACGCAGCCAUGACCACAUAACACAGGCUUGUUCGGACCACAGUCGCCAUCUUUACCUUUCUGCAUCGAAGUCAUGGAGCCCUCAAGACCGAGGCCGGAGUUGAGAGAGCGUGCUAGCUCGGCGGCGUCCAAAGCAACAACUUCACAUGAGAGUCUUCACGAAAAGCCAGAGGAGUCCGAAAGGACAACUUCUGUUGCUGCAAGUCCUGAAUUACUAUCACAGAAUGACACCCCAUCAAACAACUUCAAACCGGGGGCCGACCUGGACAAACUGCCUGGGAUAGGACAACUCCGUGUGGAAACCGAGUCUAUCCGGUUUGGUGGCGAAGAGGAAGACCCUACUGUGGGCAUGUCUUUCCAGAGAUCUGCAAGCCCGUCAACCGUACACAAAGUAAAGGAUGUCUCGUAUCAGAAAGUCGGCGAGAAUGGCAUCAGCAGGAUGCACAAAUUCUCGUUAUACGAGACGAGCACACGGUUCUACCUUAUCGGAGCAGACAUAAUGGAGAAGCAGUAUCGUGUGCUCAAGAUUGAUCGAACAGCACCGCCGGGUCACCUGAACAUUUUUGAAGACGACAUAGUAUACGACAGAAAAGAGAUGUUUAGGCUUCUGGGAACGAUUCAAGACGGCAAUAAGGGUACCGGGGGCCUGAAGUUGAAAUGCAGCACUUGGGGUCUGCUGGGUUUCAUACGAUUCACCGAUGCUUACUACAUGCUUUUGAUCUCCAAAAGAGCCCAAGUGGCAAUGCUUGGUGGACACUACAUUUAUCAGGUUGAUGGCACCGAGAUGAUCCCUCUUACCACAGGAUCCUCCGCACGGUUCCAGAAGGACCGAAAUCCGGAAGAAGCCAGGUUCCUCGCAAGUCUCGCAAACUUGGACCUGACGCGGUCUUUCUACUUCAGCUAUUCGUACAAUAUUACAAGAAGUCUUCAGCAAAACAUCAUCCACGAACGGACAGCCUUGAACAAAGGCAUCGAAAAUCCCGAGCGCGACUAUCAGGAUAUGUUCGUAUGGAAUCACUACCUGCUAGAUCCCGCUCGCUCUGUGCUGAAGAACGUUUACGAUUGGUGUCAUCCGGUUAUACACGGAUACGUGGAUCAGUCGUCGCUCGAUGUCUUCGGGCGUAGGAUAUACAUUACCAUAAUUGCCCGGCGAUCAAGACACUUUGCAGGAGCUAGAUUCUUGAAGCGAGGUACAAACGAUCUGGGCUAUGUUGCCAACGAUGUGGAAUCCGAACAGAUCGUCUCCGAAGCGCUCACCACGUCCUUCCAUGCGCCUGGCCCACGGCUGUUCACAAACCCAACGUACACAUCAUAUGUUCAGCAUCGUGGCAGCAUUCCACUCUACUGGACACAAGACAACACAGGUGUCACACCAAAACCGGACAUCGACUUGAGUCUCGUAGAUCCAUUCUACAGCGCUGCAGCUCUUCACUUCGACAAUUUGUUCGAACGCUAUGGCGCCCCUGUCAUUGCCUUGAAUCUGAUCAAAGCACGAGAGCGAACACCGAGGGAGUCUAAACUACUGUAUGAGUACAAGUACUGCAUCGACUACCUCAAUCAGUCUUUACCGAAGGACAAGAAGAUACGAUACGAGGCUUUCGACAUGUCACGCGCCGCGAAAACGCGGGGUCAAGAUGUGAUUGGUACUUUGGAGAGCCUCGCCGAAAAGGUCAUGCUCGAAACAGGCUUCUUCCAGAACGGAGAUGACACCACUGGCACGCCGCAGGUACAAAACGGUGUAGCCAGAACCAACUGCAUCGAUUGUCUCGAUCGCACCAAUGCUGCUCAGUUUGUGAUUGGAAAGAGAGCUCUCGGUCGCCAGCUGCACGCGCUCGGCGUUAUUCCUGGAAACACGGUUGAAUAUGAUUCGGAUUGUGUAGAAAUGUUCACUCAUAUGUUCCACGGACAUGGAGACACCAUUGCGAUACAGUAUGGUGGGUCACACCUCGUUAAUACGAUGGCCACAUACCGGAAAAUCAACCAGUGGCAGAGUAGUUCUCGCGACAUGGUGGAAAGCUUCAAGCGAUACUAUCACAAUUCAUUCCUUGACUCACAGCGUCAGGAGGCAUACAAUCUCUUCCUUGGCAACUACACCUUCCACCAAGGUCAGCCGAUGUUGUGGGAUUUGACCACUGAUUACUACCUACACCAUGCAGACCCGCGCGCUUAUCUGGAGAGAACACGACGUGACUACAACAAUUGGUACACUCCUGCGAAUCUGGAGCCACGGACACUGCCAUCCGCGAACAGCCUUGCGAUGAUGCAGAGCAAAUCACUGCAGGCCAACAUCAGUUUUCGCGAUGACUACUGGCUCGAGUACUACCGACCAUUGGCUAUAUCCUCGUUUCUCAAGAUCUUUGCCUUCCGAUUGGCGUCGCCAAAUCGGGCCGUACGCGAUAGCAGAGACGGACUUGCACCGUCGCGCGUUGAGAACCUGUCCCCUUUCGUGCCUCGCAAGAAACAGCACGAGCAAGCCACUCAGCGAAACAAUGUGAAGAAGGGACCGCGAAAAGGCGUUACCAUACUCGACCCUGUGAGCGAGACCGACUCGCGACAAGGCAGUAUCAUGGCUCGGCGACGCCACCACGUACAGCUCAGCAUGCCCGACACAAACUCUGUCACGCACUCAAUACUUCGAGAUCCGCAUUUCGAGACAGAGAUGCCGUCUUCGGCACCUGCGACAAUAGGCUCUUUCCCGUCGUUGGCAAACUCAAUGUCAACAUCAACCGGCUUGGCCUCAACGGUGCGACCCGGCUUCAAGCCUGCCGACAAGGCACUCAUCAACCAAUGGACUCUAGAGCAGUUCUACGACAACAGCAUGAACCCGACUGUCUCUAAUCCAGAAGCAGAUGAAUAUUCGAGGUACAUUGAGCAUCCACUGAACCUACCUUUGGUCGUCAGUAGCGAGAUGCCAAGUGCGGACGAUCCUGCUGCCAUGGAAUACUACGAAUACCUGUGUAUGACAGAAGGCAGUCCACAGGCGCCGACGGACAUCGAUGAGUCCAGCAUUACUCCCUCUGGUCUGCCUCGUAACGACACCGAUGUUAUGUCAGUCCGCUCUUUUCAGUCUUACUCGCGACCCAUGACAUCAGCUUCUGUCAGCACACCCUUCUCGCAUGCUCCAACGUACUCGUGGCCGCAGUCACUCAACCCCCAUCCACACCUCUACCCCUCUUUCACCGACGAGAUUCUGCCGCAGACAUACUCAACGCCUGGCAGGUUCCAGACAGCAGAGGAAGAUAUCGAAGAGUUUGAAGAAUAUCUGGACGUAAAUGAGAACCCACUAGACGUCGAAGAAGAGGAUGGCACGAAGAAACGGUACAAGGCAUAUAGGCAAUGGCUGAAAGGGAAGAGUUUCUUCAAGCAGAGCAAGGUGGACCCAGAGUGGCAGAAUCAGCUUCCUGUCAGAUGAUGAUCAGAGUUUUGGUUAGCAUGGCUGGUGUUUGGGUGUGAGUAACGGCGUGGGUAGCAUUUUAUAGAAAUCAUACAAUAUCAGGCCA